CAGACUGACAGCUGCUUGUACAGAAUGUUUGCCUUCCAGAACAUUGGCAAGUUCUUUAGCUGACCGAAGCUUUGACGGUCCAUUUGUCUCUUCUGAGCUGUGUCAAAGAAUGCAGCAGAUGCUUCUCAAGUACCUUGUGACAAUAACUUUCUUGUGCACAACUAAUGGGAUAAACGCCAAGAAAGGCAUUAAAUGUGGGGGCGUACUUUCAGCACCACAUGGCAAUGUCUCAAGCCCCAAUUUCCCUGGCCUCUAUCCUUAUGACACAGAUUGCAUGUGGCUCAUUGUGGUAACAGAAGGAUCCUCUGUUUUGCUCACCUUUCAUCACUUUGAUCUGGAAUACCAUGACAGCUGUGAAUUUGACUAUAUCAUGAUCUACAAUGGAAUCUCAGAAGACCAAGGGAAUCUCCUAGGCAAAUUCUGUGGUACUAGUUUUCCUCCACCGUUUACAUCAUCUUGGAAUGUCAUGACUAUAAUCUUUCACUCAGACAACCAUGUGGCCAGCCAAGGAUUCUCCGCAGUUUACCAAAAAGAUGUUUGCGGGGGUGUGCUCACCGGCCUCUCUGGAUCAAUAACAAGCCCCGAUUACCCAGAGAACUACCCGAACAAUGCUGAAUGCCACUGGGUCAUCCAGGCAACUUCAAAUUCUGUCGUCAAACUGAUUUUUGUUGACUUCCAGAUGGAAAACAAUGAGGAGUGCAAUUUUGAUUAUGUGGCCGUCUUUGAUGGACCCACUAAGGGGGAUGCACUUCUGAGUCACUACUGUGGAAAUGUGAAGCCUCCAGACAUGGUCUCUUCCACACAUGAACUGCUGGUUGUGUUCAAAUCAGACUUCAACAUAGCAGGCAGAGGUUUCAAGGCAUAUUUCUUUUCAGGUGCAUGUCAGCAGGUAUUCACGGCCGUCAAAGGAAAUUUCUCCAGUCCUCAAUAUCCCAACUCUUACCCCAAUAAUAUCAAGUGUCACUGGACCAUCCAGCUGCCUCCAGGAUAUAGAAUCAAAGUCUUCUUCCUGGACUUGGAUCUAGAGGGGCGGAACAGCCUGACAGAUGGCUGUGAUUAUGACCAUCUGGCUGUGUUUGACGGAGGCACCGAGAAGGCGUCUCUGCUAGGGAAGUGGUGUGGGAGAGAAAUGCUGUCUCCUAUUACAUCCAGUAGAAACAUGCUGCUAUUGGUCCUUCACACGGACAGGAACAGAGCCAACCGAGGUUUUUCAGUAGCAUACAUUGGAGUUGUCCCCAUGAAUGUUAGCUGCACACGGACGGAGUUUCAGAUCCAGAUUCCCACACAGUCACUUGUCCAGCUGGAGCGAAAUAAGAUAUAUUUAGGGAUGCAGUCCUGCCCUGCCCAAGUGGUUGGCUUGAACUUUAGGAUACAUGCAAGGUUUGAAAGCUGUGGUACAGAACCGCAGAAAAGAAACAACACGUCUGUGAUCGUCAGUAUCCUGUAUAUUGACUUUUCAGAUGGAAAUCAGGAGGACAUUCACCAAUAUGAAGUGCAGUGUGAGCCCAAAAGGAAAGAGGCCUCUGUGAAUCUUAUCUCUGGCUCCGACCCAUACAGACUGAACCAGUAUGCUGAGAAUCUGGUAGAAUCCCAACAGCAGGAUGCAGAGGCAGCAGAAGCCUAUGAAAGCAAAAGCCAGGACACUAGUGACAUUGUCUUCAUCAGCAUCUGUAUUCUUGCUGGGGUUCUUAUGGUGAUUGCUAUUGUUGGGUUAGUCUUGCUAUAGGAUGCCAUUCUCUAGCCAUGAUCAGUCACCAGCUAUUAAAGCCUCUGUGCCUGCACUCCCAUCUUGUCUGCACUCCUUCCAUACAAACGACCCAAAUGCACAUAUGAGUGGCAGCUUGUUCAAGGGGCAGAUUAAGUGGCUGUUUACAGUGGCCGCUCACUGCAUGACUGUCAGAUUGGCCUGUUCCCCUGCUAACCUGGAUCUGAAUGAAAUUCUGAACUUUUGCUCAGAAAUCCACACCUUCACCCUUCGUGUGUAUACUGUCAGCUGAGCUCAUCCCUUGUUGUCCUAGUAUUAAUUUUUGUAAUUUUAUGUGCUUCCUUUUCUCGGGAUUGUGGGCUUGGUUUGUUUUAAUAAUGCAGAAUGUGUACAGUUACUCCAAUCCACUCCUGUUUUCAUACACAUCAAUAACUUGGCUGCAAUAUGAGGAAAAGGUAUGUAUGGGGAAGAGGAGAAAUAAGUUCAGUAUAUUGCAGCAGUGAAAGGGGGAAAGGCAAACUCUAGUUUAGAUAUUACUAGGAAGGCGCUUGAAAAUAAAAUAGUAACAUAUACCACUAUUACAGAAACCUAUGUUGCUUCUGCAUUUAGAACACUGGCUGACAUCCAAAUGAAUGAAACACUGGUACAGCGACAGGCUGGUACAGCCCAAAGGGGCAUAUUUUUGGGAGCCACAAUUAUCUUUAGAGGGAAUGGGAGAUCAACCAGUAUCAUGCCUCCCCACUAGAACCAGCACUCAGUCUGGAUAUCAGCCACUGCGUGUAGUUCUGUUGCCACAUUUCUAGAAGGUUUCAUAGAGCUGGAAAAUAUAUAGAAAGGAGCAACUAAAAUUAUUAGGGAGGAUGAAGCAUCUUCCCUAUGGAGAAAGGCUUAUGAAGCCCGGAGCAUUUCAGUUUAGAAAAAUAGAUAUCUACGAUGGGGCAUGACUUUUCCACUGCUCUUUAACCCUUUUGACUGUAUGAAGAAACCUCUUUGAAAAGGGAUCAUGUGGCUUAAGCAGUACUGGAAAAAUCACAGCAGUCUGUAGGAGACAACAGAAGUAUUAUGCUCCCUUAGCAUCUUGCCAGCCAAUAAUCCAGAGGGAUGGAUUAGGAGCCAUGGGUUGGUAGCUCAUAUGCCUCCAGGAACGCAUACAGCUUUUUUCAUGCUACACCAUGCAUUUUGGAUUAGAAAUCAGCUCCUGACAAAAUGACAAAGCAGUCCUUAAACAAUCCUGUUCUAGAAUUCCAUUCUGCAAGGGAAACACAUAAAAAACAAUUCUUCCCUUUACUAACAAAUGAUUUUGCAUUUUUCUGGAGUCACUUCUGAACAAUCUAGUGUUUGUUUCCAUGUACAACUAUAAGUCAAAUUUCACUAAGCUUGGAACAAGUCUGAAGUAUUGUUUUUAAAGCCAUACGUUCAUGAACACAAAAUACCUGGAACCCAAAGAACUACUGAAGGGAUGAUGUA